AUGCACCUGUGCAUGUAUCCACAGCAUGUGCAUAUAAAGCCACAAGACAAGAACAGAAACUUUCAUGGUCUAAACUUUCGAAUCAACAGCGUAGAUCACCCGAGCUCCUUCCCCUCAACCCCCCCCUUCCUCUUCCUCCCCCAGAUCGGCGUGGAGAAGUGCGACCCCCAAGACGAGCGGUUCGCCCUCAUCUACACGGUGACGGUGUGCUGCUACAGCAUCCCUGGGAUCCUUGUGGGUUACCUGCUGCACCACGCCGGCCUCCGCGUCACGAGGGUGUCAGGAGGGACGAUGCUGUCGCUGGGCUUCCUGUUCCUGGGCAUCGCGACCAAGGGUCUGCUCGAUGACAUUAGCGAACGGAGAAUCUCCUUUGUCGGGCACGUGGCACGGAACGAGGGCCUGGCAUAUGACUGACAGCGACCGCGGUGUCCGGGAGAGGAGUCCGAACUGG